AUGGACAUUAACCAGAUCCUUUCCCUUCUCAAGACUAUCCCUCCAGCUCAACCGCCAGUUGUAGAACAGCCUCAAAUUCCAACUGCAAUCGACUUGGCCUUGAUCGAUCAAGAUGUAAUUGAUCAAGUGCGGAAUGAGUACUGGGCAAAACAAAAAGCGAGCGUAAAACAAGAAGAGGAGCAAGACAAUAGUCUUGAUAGUUUACUUGUAUCUCUUGCUUCAGCCACUUCAAUUACGCCUGACGUGCUGGGAGCUGUAGCUAGGAUGGUUAAGGAGACAGAUAUUCUAGAUAUAGUGAAAGAAAUGAAGGACAGACAGGAUCAAAAGGAACAGGAAAUGUUUGAACACAGGCAAUCGAUAGAAGAACGCCAGAAGAAGGAACGAAACGGACUAUUUGCCAGAGAGUUGAUAGGUGCAUGUAAACCAGAAGAAUUGGAGACUCUCGAAGAGAAGAUAAAAUGUGAAUUAGAGCAAGUCGAUCGACAUGUCCUGCGUAGUAUGGAUAGGGAGCGAGCUAGACAGCAAAUAAUCCUCGAAAAACGCAAGGUCCCGUUUUUUCGGGUAACCGACAAGCCGAGUGAAAUGAAGAUGCAGCAAAAGAUGCUUUCUAUCCUGCUGGACAUGAUAAAUGAAUAA